AUGUCUUCUAAACACGAACCUGCCACCAUGGACAUCUCUGAAUUAUCUCAAUCAUUAUCAACUCUUAAUGAUUCAUUUUAUGUAACAAAUACACUCGAUAUAAAACAUGAAAAAACUAGUCAAACAAAUAAUAAUCGUAUUUUACUUGGUGGUCAUGUAUCUCUUUAUUUUUCUUCAACAUUAAAACUUUUAUUUUGGUUAUAUGUUCAUCGAAUAAAUUUUUAUGGUUUUAUUGAUGAAACAAAUAUUGAAAAAUUCUUAAUGAUACGUUCAAUUGAUGUUAAAAUGACAUCCACAAUAAUAACAACAACAACAAAUGAUAAUAAUAAAUCAAGUUGA